AUGUUUGAUGAAUUGGUGCGUAACACGCUGGACGCCAGCGCGAGCUGCGUGGCCGUGCGCGUCAACCUGCCGCAGCUGGAGGUGCAGGUGGUCGACAACGGCACCGGCAUGACGCCCGAGCUGAUGGCACGCGUCGGUGACAGGUAUGUGACGACCCACGGCGACACGCCAUGUCGAUCCUCGGUGAAACCGUUCGGUUACCGCGGCGAGAGCCUGGCCAGUAUCGCGCGCGUGUGUCGCCGCCUGGAGAUCACGUCUCGCCGUCGGGGCUCGGAGCAGACCUGGCGCCGCCGCCUAGUGACGUCCUCCCGUUCGAGGAGGGGUGGACCGGUCAGCAGCGGCGGUGAAGGCCGGAGCAGCCCGGGUGACUCGGGGCGGGGGGAGGCGGCAGGUCGGCAGGGGACCGGCGCGGCGCCCAGCCCGGUGUCGCAGCAGCGGCCCAGCGCCGGCACCACGGUCACCGUGCGGGGCCUGCUGGCCGGCCGGCGCGCCUGCCGCCGACAGGCCGAGCUGGAGAGCGUCUGCCGCGUGCUGGAGACGCUCGCACUGCCGCGCCCGGACGUGUCAUUCAGCCUCCGCGAUGACGCCACGGGGAGGCUGCUGAUGGACGCUGCCAGGAGGAGCUCGGUCCUGGAGCGGUACAGCGACGUGAUCGAGCCGCUGACGGAGCGGCAGGCGCGGCCGCUGGCGGCGCGCCGCGGCAAGGUCCGCGUGUCGGGCUUCACCACGGCGCCGGGCGGCCCUCAGUUUGUGUUCGUCAACGGCCGCCCGCCCGUGCUGACCGCUGUGGAGCGGGCUGUGAUGGCCGGAGUGGCCGACGGAGCGGCGCGGCUACAGGGAGACGGUGCCGAGACGGGGAACGAGCCUGUCGGCACCGCCGCCGCUGCCGCCGUACCCGCGUGUAACUACUUGUUGGACAGGGCUGAGGCGCGGCGAGGUAAGAAGGUGGCUCGUCCCGGCAGACUGGAGCCUCCGCUGGACGUCUCCGUCCCUGAGUCAGAGACAGUGCCGGGCGGCAGUGUGUUGGACAAAGUCAGCGACAUGGAGCCAACGGAACAUCACUCGGGCGAUCGAGAGAACGGUCGACCAGACCGUGCAGAUACUGAUAAAGAGUCCGGAGCUGGAGGGGACUGUGGCGGGCGCAAACACCUCGAGAAGACACGAACGUCAGACGGCCCCGAGUCGCCGCCAGUCCUGACGGCCGGGGAGGUUCGACCGGCUCCCUCGCCGGCCCGGCGUCCGGCGGAUCAGUCGGACUCCGAGGAGAUCCUCCCGGGACAGGUGCUGGGCUCGAUCGGCGCUGACGCGUCUCACCUACCGUGGGCAGAUGAGAUGCACCUCUCCGACAUCGACCGCCAGGAUGAUGGAGCGCAUGACCCGAGUGCGGUGACAGCGAGACAGGCCGCCAGUCCAGCCCGGCCCCAGGCGACCGACUCGGCCGGACGCUCGGUGUUUGUCCACUCGGCCGCGGGUCACACGGGUCUGGAGCCUCCGGCGGCCACUGGAGCCGCGGAAGGCGGCGGAGCGGCCCGGCGGUCUGCUUUCAGCGGAGCCGCAGGUGACGGCGGAGGAGACGGCGCCGCCCGGGCUCCGGCGGUCAGUGGAGCCGCCGAGGUCGGGGGAGGCGCCGCCCGGCCGCGGCGCCCGCUGGUGUUCAUGCUGAACGACGCUCCCCCGUGGUAUCCGUGGGCGGCCGGAGCCCAGCGGCCGCUGGUGCUCACUCACGGCUUCUCACCGUUCCUGCCGCGCGGGCGGCUCCGGCUGCCGCCCCCGCCCCCGCCCCCGCCGCCGGCCCCGGCCGCAGAGGCUGCGGCGGAUCCCAGAGACGAGCGUCAGCCGCCGCCGAACGACCAGGCCGCGCGGACACUGGAUGCACUAACCAGCGGCGAGUUCGAGCGUCCGGUGGUGUCGCUGAGGACGGGUCUGUCGGCCGCCUGGCGCCCGCAGGCCUGUGACGUCACCAAAGAGACGCUGCAGACGGUCCGCGUGCUCAAACAACUGGAUAACAAGUUCAUAGCGGCCUGCUCCGGCGACGUCGUCCUGCUGUUUGACCAGCACGCAGUCAGCGAGAGAAUCAACCUGGAGAACAUUCUCGAGGACGCCGGCGCCACGGGCGGCUCGGAACGGCUGCGGUCCACCGACCUCAGCCCGCCGCUGCCGCUGCGGCUGGCGCGCCGGCAGGCCAGGCUGCUCGCCGCGCACCCGGCGGCGGUACAGAGAUUGGGCUUUGUGCUGGACCAGCUUACCGAACUUAACGACUCCGAGGUGGCGGCACCGUCGUGCCACGAGGCGGCGCUGCUGUCGCUCCGGGCCGCGCCCGCCUGUCUGUGUGAGCGGGCCGAGCGGGAGUGGACGGCGCAGCGGGCCGCCGCCGUGCUGACCCAGCUGGCCGACCAGCUGACUGAGAGUCGCGGUGCGGCCGCCGCGCUGCCAGCGGCGCUGGCCGACGUCUACCACUCGCUGGCCUGCCACUGAGCCCAGACCUCGCCUGGAGCGGCUGAGGAGGCUGCUCAAAACCCAGUGCAAAACGGCAAAGUGAACGGUCCAAAACAGCAGUGUGCGCGGUCCAUGGUGGCACCGAACUGCCCAUGGAAGCAGUGCGGAUCAGCGGCUUAGCAGCUGGGUGGUAAGUGCCUCACCUCGCCCAGAAGUGAAGCCUGCCUGAGUUGUGCACCGUGGUAUCUGAGGCGACAUUGUCCUGUUGCAGCCAUGUCCCUGGUUGUGCCGUGUUUAUUCGCUGUUGCAGAAGGAUUGUUUCUUUGUUUCUGUGUGGCCGGGAUAAAGUCAGGUCAAUUGGCUCGCCUUUGUGUCAAGUACGUUGGUACGUGCGUGCCGAUACUUUGUUACGUUGUUACGUGCCGAUACUUUGCUACGUUGGCACGUGCCGAUACUUUGUUACGUUGGUACGUGCCGAUACGUUGUUACGUUGGUAGUUUGGUACGUAUCAAGUUGUUACGCUAUCUGGUCCGUGAAACAUAGUCAGUAUUACGUUAUUUAACUGCGUUUGUUACUGUUCUGUUAUUUGUUAUGGUUGAUAUGAUAUGGUAACUCACAUACCAAAAGAUAUGUGAUAAUCAUGUUAUUGCCUCCACCGAUUGUAGGGAAUACAUUGACAUUGUUUUAAAAGUUGCAAUCCUUCCAUUUUCUGAAUUUUGAACGAAGACUUUAACUGUGGUUUAUAGUCUUGCUGAUAGAGAAUUAGUAGCUCAUGCAAGCUAGUCGCUGCGAUCAACUGUUCUGAUGAGGUUGGACUAGGGCGGGCGCUGUAUCUGAAGGUCCAAUUUAGGAGAUCUCCGCUGUCCGACUAUAAUGCUAAUGAAGUCGAACUGGCGCGGAACGACCGAGUGCUCCCCAGUGUAAUGUAAGCGGCGUCUGAACUCACAGACCACUCGCAGCGCGCGGCACCGUGAAAAUAAAACGCUCCCCAGCCACCCGUCACAUUGCUU